UUCCGGGCGCCCGGGCGGGUCGGGAACCGGGCGGGGGACCCCGCCCAAGGCGGCGGCCGGGUCCCCGGGGCUGGGCGCCGCUGGCAGCGCCGACGGGGCGGAGAGGAGCGCGGCGGGAGGAGGAGUAAGAGGAGGGGGGCUGGUCAAGGGAAGUGCGACGUGUCUGCGAGCCUUUUUAUACCUCCUUCCCCGGGAGCCGCUCAGCCGCCGCCGCCAGCGCCUCGCCUCUCCACUCCCGGCUCCAGCGCGCCAGCCAGCAUGUCGGGGGUCAAGAAGCAGAAGACGGAGAACCAGCAGAAAUCCACCAAUGUUGUCUACCAAGCCCACCAUGUGAGCAGGAAUAAGAGAGGACAGGUGGUCGGAACACGGGGAGGAUUCCGCGGCUGCACUGUUUGGCUGACAGGUCUCUCCGGUGCUGGAAAGACAACCAUAAGCUUUGCCCUGGAAGAAUAUCUGGUCUCCCAUGCCAUCCCUUGCUACUCUCUUGAUGGGGACAAUGUUCGUCAUGGUCUCAAUAAAAACCUUGGCUUCUCUGCUGGGGACAGGGAAGAAAAUAUCCGCCGGAUUGCUGAAGUGGCCAAGCUCUUUGCCGACGCUGGUCUGGUCUGCAUCACCAGCUUCAUUUCUCCUUUUGCAAAGGACCGCGAGAAUGCCCGAAAAAUCCAUGAGUCAGCAGGACUGCCGUUCUUUGAAAUAUUUGUAAACGCGCCCCUAAACAUCUGCGAAAGCAGAGAUGUGAAAGGCCUCUACAAACGGGCACGGGCUGGGGAGAUCAAAGGAUUUACCGGUAUUGAUUCUGAUUAUGAGAAACCUGAAACUCCUGAGCUGGUGCUUAAAACCAACUUGUCGUCUGUGAGUGACUGUGUCCAACAGGUCGUGGAGUUGUUGCAAGAGCAGAACAUUGUUCCUCACACCGUAAUCAAAGGUAUCCAUGAACUCUUUGUGCCAGAAAACAAGCUCGAUCAAGUCCGAGCUGAAACAGAAACUCUCCCUUCCUUGUCAAUUACCAAGCUGGAUCUUCAGUGGGUGCAAGUUUUGAGUGAAGGUUGGGCCACACCCCUCAAAGGCUUCAUGCGGGAGAAGGAGUACUUGCAGGUUAUACACUUUGACACUCUGCUAGAUGACGGCGUGAUCAACAUGAGCGUUCCCAUCGUACUGCCCGUCUCUACAGAGGAUAAGAUGCGGCUGGAAGGGUGCAGCGAGUUUGUUCUGAUGCAUGGUGGGAAAAAAGUGGCCAUCCUACGAGACCCUGAAUUCUACGAACACAGAAAAGAGGAGCGUUGCUCCCGUGUGUGGGGGACAACAUGUGCCAAACACCCACAUAUCAAAAUGGUGAUGGAAAGUGGGGAUUGGCUGGUUGGUGGAGACCUUCAGGUGCUGGAGAGGAUAAAGUGGAAUGAUGGAUUAGACCAGUACCGCCUCACCCCUGUGGAGCUUAAACAGAAGUUUAAAGAAAUGAAUGCAGAUGCCGUGUUCGCGUUCCAGUUGCGCAAUCCCGUGCACAACGGCCAUGCUCUGCUGAUGCAGGACACCCACCGCCGGCUCCUGGAGAGGGGCUACCAGCACCCAGUCCUCCUGCUGCAUCCUCUGGGUGGCUGGACCAAGGAUGAUGACGUGCCCCUGGACUGGCGGAUGAAGCAGCACGCGGCCGUGCUGGAGGAAGGGGUCCUGGACCCCAAGUCUACCAUUGUCGCUAUUUUCCCUUCGCCCAUGCUCUACGCUGGCCCCACAGAGGUUCAAUGGCACUGCAGAGCCCGGAUGAUUGCAGGGGCCAAUUUCUACAUUGUGGGGCGGGACCCUGCAGGAAUGCCCCACCCUGAGACCAAGAAGGACCUAUACGAGGCUACUCAUGGCGGGAAGGUCUUGAGCAUGGCCCCUGGCCUCACCUCUGUGGAAAUCAUUCCUUUCCGAGUGGCUGCCUACAACAAAACAAAAAAAUCCAUGGACUUCUAUGAUCCAGCAAGGCACAACGAGUUUGACUUCAUCUCAGGAACUCGAAUGAGGAAGCUUGCACGGGAAGGAGAAAAUCCUCCAGAUGGUUUCAUGGCUCCCAAAGCAUGGAAGGUCCUGACGGAUUACUACAGGUCCCUGGAGAAGAACAACUAAAAGUGCCUUUGGCACCAGUGAUUUUUUUUUUCCUGAAGUGCUCUUCUAUUCCAUUUUCUUUCUUUUUUUUUUGUGAUUAGAUGCUUUGUAUCCAGUUGCUUCUCAAUUUGAUUUUUUAAUUUUACAAUGAGAUAAGCAAAAGUGUCUGUAAUUUAAACUCAAGUUAACUAUCUAAAAAUACUCAAAAAAGACCAAAUCUUGGCAGGUGAAAAUAAUAUUGACUUCAGAGUUAAGCCAUAGCGUCUACUACAUCUGAGCUGGUAGGUCCCAGAUUUCUUAAAACUUUGAUGUGUCCGAUUAACUGGCCCAAAAAGCGUAUUUUCUUGUGUCCUGCCAACAUGAACUCUGAAUGUCAUAAAAUAAAUUAGACAAGCAGCAUCUUCUAUGCAACUGACACAAAAUUUUUUUCCUCGCCCUUCAAGAGAUGUGGCUCAUUUGUCAAUAUUCUUGCUAAUCUUUUUCACCCACAUGUGAAAACAGCCUCACUGCCCAAUCUCUCUGUGCUGAUCAGUCUGGAGAAACCAUGUAUGUGAAAAUGUGAAUUCAACCUCAGAAACCUAUGCAACCUAGCUCUACCAGAACUUUAUAUUGUCUAUUAAGAUGUCUUAAUGACCUCCUGUGAGUACUAUUCACUGCAGUUAAACGGCGACAUUUAAUAGCAUGGAGUGAGUGCCAUGUUGAAAAGAUUCACUCCCAGGCUCAGAGUGGCAAUGUUGCCAAGUCCCUUUUUUUCCUCUUUGCUGGGUGAUUGAGCACCCUGGCGUCCUGCAGACUGAAGCAGCAUUAACUAAGAACAAUUCACAUGGCUGGGGCGUGAAGCUGGAACUGGAAGACAGCAGGAAACACUGAAACCAACCUUUUCAUCUUUGGGGUGACCGAACCGAAAAGAUGCACCAGGUGUGUGCUUCCUGAGCUUUGGGGCUCUACACUACACACGCCAAACUGACAGGAGGGGCUGGGCUGACAGGCACUUGCCUUGCACAUGGCUGAUCCAGGUUAGAUCUCUGGUAAUCCUUAUGGGGUGCACCUAUCAAGCACCAUCUUGGAUGCUGAAAGAUCCAGUUUUCUGGAUGCAACUAAUUUUUUUAGUUGAGAAAAGGACUUUCCCCUACACUAAAGCUGUUUUGAGAUCUCCCUCUUUGCUUCCUAGGAGACUAUCUAUUGUACUUUAUGCCUAAUUCCUUGUUACUAAGGAGUUAUAUGAAGAAAUCGCACCUUACCUACGUCUUUCUGGAGACAAACUGGAAAGAAAACUGAUUCCAACUCCCCUCCCCCCCAUAUUUUCCAUCUUUUAAAGAAAGCUGAUCUUAGCCAAUUCAGGUUUUUUGAGAAUGUGACAGACAAUGGCCACAACAAACUUUAAUUGCUCUAAAUUAUAUAGUGCCUAUACUCAAAUACUCGCUACUAAGGCUUUAAAAAGAUACAGCGUAUUUAUUGAAAAUAAGACAGAAUGUAGUGCCUUAACUGUGAUUUUUUAAAGUAUAUUUAAAAUUGCCUUUAUGCUUUAGUACUACACUUAGUGCAAAUGACGUUUCUAUGUACAACUGAAGCUUUAUCUUGUUUUAAUAAAUUUCUUAAUACGAA